GGGAUGGGAACCACGCCGCCUGGGAGCCUCGGUGAUACGAGCGAAGCGCGGACCUUUCAACAAGAGCUUUAUUAAUUCUCACGCUACGACCCAGGAAGGCUAUGGAGGUGGCUGCUAAUUGCUCUCUGCGCGUGAAGAGACCUCUGUUGGAUCCCCGUUUCGAGGGUUACAAGCUCUCCCUGGAGCCGCUGCCCUGUUACCAGCUGGAGCUUGACGCAGCCGUGGCAGAAGUAAAACUUCGAGAUGAUCAAUAUACACUGGAACACAUGCAUGCUUUUGGAAUGUAUAAUUACCUACACUGUGAUUCAUGGUAUCAAGACAGUGUCUACUACAUUGAUAACCUUGGAAGAGUUAUGAAUUUAACAGUGAUGCUGGACACUGCUUUAGGAAAACCACGAGAAGUGUUUCGACUUCCCACAGAUUUGACAGCAUACGACAGUCGUCUUUGUGCAUCUAUCCAUUUCACAUCUUCUACCUGGGUUACCUUGUCAGAUGGAACUGGACGAUUAUAUCUCAUUGGUACAGGUGAACGUGGAAAUAGUGCUUCUGAAAAAUGGGAGAUUAUGUUUAAUGAAGAGCUUGGGAAUCCUUUUAUCAUAAUUCACAGUGUCUUACUGCUGAAUGCUGAAGAACAUUCAGUAACUACCUUACUUCUUCGAAUAGAGAAAGAGGCACUGGAUAUGAAAGGAAGUGGAUUCUAUGUUUCUUUGGAGUGGGUCACUAUCAGAAAAAACAAAGAUAAUAACAAAUAUGAAAUUAUUAAAUGUGAUAUUCUCCGUGGAAAGUCAGUGCCACAUUAUGCUGCUAUUGAGCCUGAUGGGAAGGGCCUGAUGAUUGUCUCCUACAAGUCCUUCACAUUUGUUCAUGUUGGUCAAGAUCUUGAAGAAAAUAAGAAUGAGAACAUGUCAGAGAAAAUCAAAGAACCUCUGUAUUACUGGCAACAGACUGAAGAUGAUUUGACAGUAACAAUACGGCUUCCAGAAGGCAGUUCUAAGGAGGACAUUCAAGUACAGUUUCUGCCUGAUCACAUCAACAUUGUGCUGAAGGGUCAGAGGUUUCUGGAAGGAAAUCUCUAUUCAUCUAUUGAUCAAGAAAGCAGUACAUGGAUAAUUAAAGAGAAUAAUUGCUUGGAGAUUUUCUUGAUUAAAAAGAAUGAAGGACUAACAUGGCCAGAGCUAGUGGUCGGUGAUAAGCAAGGAGAGUUUAUAAGAGACUCAGCCCAGUGUGCUGCAAUAGCUGAACGUUUAAUGCAUUUGACCUCUGAAGAACUGAAUCCAAAUCCAGAUAAAGAAAAACCUCCUUGUAAUGCUCAAGAGUUAGAAGAAUGUGACAUUUUCUUUGAAGAGAGCUCCAGUUUAUGCAGAUUUGAUGGCAGUACAUUAAAAACUACUCAUGUGGUGAAUCUUGGAAGCAACCAGUACCUUUUCUCUGUCAUAGUGGAUCCUAAAGAAAUGCCCUGCUUCUGUUUGCGCCAUGAUGUUGAUGCCCUACUCUGGCAACCGCACUCCAGCAAACAAGAUGAUAUGUGGGAACAUAUUGCAACUUUCAAUGCUUUAGGCUACGUCCAAGCAUCAAAGAGAGACAAAAAAUUUUUUGCCUGUGCUCCCAAUUACUCCUAUGCAGCCCUGUGCGAAUGCCUUCGUCGAGUAUUCAUCUACCGUCAGCCUACUCCCAUGUCCACUGUACUUUACAACAGAAAGGAAGGCAGGCAAGUAGGACAGGUUGCUAAGCAGCAAGUAGCAAGCCUAGAAACCAAUGAUCCUAUUUUAGGCUUUCAAGCAACAAAUGAGAGAUUAUUUGUUCUCACUACCAAAAACCUCUUUUUAAUAAAAGUAAAUACGGAGAAUUGAUUACUCCAACUUUUGACUUUUCUGUAGUGGAAAAGUAUUCAGUUAUAGCCAGAAGGUUGGUAGUUAUACUGUAACCUGUUAAGUUUUACUAUGUUAAAUAAAAUUAUCUUGUAUGAAUUUUUUAUUUUUUAAAGGAUAUUGGAAAUAUAUUCAAGAGAUUAUGAUUCUGUAAAAGUUAUGGAACGAAGCUGAAAAUUUAGAGGAAAUUGGCUUCUAUUAAAAAAAUGCAAAAGUAUUAGUAAGUAUAAUUAUUUUUAAAAAACAGGCUGGAAUUUCAUCUUUUAUAUGAAAGAUGUACAAUUCAGUGUUUAAAAAUAAAAAUAUUUAUCAUGUACUCUUUGUUCAUUGAUACAGUUUCCUCAUUCUGUACCUAUAGAAUUUUUGGAUAACAGAUAAACUGUUGAUUCUUGUAAAUACUUAAGUGGACUAAAUAGAUGAGGAAGAGGGGGAAUACAACAGAAGUACAACAGGUCCAGUAUUCUUACAGUUUGCUGAAAGACUAAGAUUUUUUUUUCAAAUUAUUUAAUUUUUUCCACUUAAUUUUUAUCCAUUUGUUCUUCCACAGACAUAAAGAGAUGAUAAGAUUCCACAAAGUGUAGCUCCUCUGUAUUGCUAUACAACAGACCACCUCAAAACUCAGUGAUUUAAAACAAGGACAUUUGAAAAUCUAUG